AUGGAAGAGUAUAAUCAGGAUGAGUUAAGUGAAGCAGAGACGACAAACAUACUUCAGGAGGAGGUUGUCAAGGCAGAACAUAUGAUGGAAAAGAUGUCAGGAGAGGGAUUUGAAAAACUAAUGAAGGAAAACGAGUUGGAUGCUAUGGUGACACUAGGUGCAGAUGCUGCCACAAUUCUGGCAAUUGAAGGCUAUCCAGCGCUUAGCGUUCCUGCUGGAUAUGACAACAAUGGACUGCCAUAUGGGCUUUGCUUUGGGCGAUUGGAGGGAUCGGAACCCAAGUUGAUUGAGAUUGCCUGUUCUUUGGAACAAGCCAUGAGGAUCGUAGACCUCCUCUUUCGUUUUCUUCUGAAUUGCACUAUCUAUAUUGUGAGUAAAGCAAUGGUUGGAGCAUGA